AUGACGUCGCGUCUUGUUCUGGUCAUUGGUGACCUCUUUAUCCCUGAUAGAGCUCCGUUUCGGAAACUCUUAACGCCAAACAAGAUCGGCCAGAUCCUCUGUCUGGGCAAUCUGACCGACCGAAGUACAUUUGAAUUCCUCCGUGGUAUCGCUCCCGAUCUGCAAUUGGUCAAGGGUGAUUUCGAUGUCGACUCUCCCAACCUACCCCUCUCAAAAGUGGUGACCCACGGAAGCCUCCGUAUUGGUCUUACACAUGGCCACACCAUCAUCCCGCCGGGUGACGCCGAAGCCCUGCUUAUUGCCGCACGCCAGAUGGAUGUUGAUAUACUACUAUGGGGUGGUGCGCACCGCUUCGAUGCCUUUGAGAUGGAGGGAAGAUUCUUUAUCACCCCCGGAAGUGCAACGGGCGCUUUGAGCACUGGGUAUUGGCCCGAAGGAGAGGAACCAACACCUAGCUUUUGUCUCAUGGACAUUCAAGGUGACGUACUUGUGUUGUAUGUCUACCAACUCAAGACGGACGCCAAUGGUGUUGAAACCGUCGCGGUCGAAAAGGUCUCCUUCCGCAAGAACACCGUUCAAUCAUGA